AUGGGUCCGGCGGUAGAGGGGGCGUGCCUCCGGGGUGGGCGUGGCCCGAGCCGGCAGAAGCAGCUCCCGGCCGCCUCGGCUCUUAGUCGGACGUCCGCCUCGCUGCGAGGCGGUCGUUCUAUGGGCGAGGAGCGGGCGGCCGAGGAAGCAGCAGCCGCCGCCGCCACCGCCGUCUCCCUGCGGGUGGUGGCCGCGGCCGCCUGGCACGUAAUCCGCGGCCGCCGCUUCUGGGACUUCCCGCGCGUCCUGACCUUCCUGGAGAGCGUGGCGGAGGCGGCGCCCGAGCUGGUGCCCUUCCAGCACCUGGCCAAGCUGCGCCUGGGUCUGCAGGCCAAGAUUGUCAUGAACCUGCUGCAGGAAGAUCAGCCCCAGGGGAAAAUCUACGAUGCUGUGGACAGCUACUUUCCAGAGAAUGAGACUCCGCCCAGCCACGCCAAAGCAACGGCUCAGGACCUGAAGAUGGUACGAACAGCCCAAGAAAACUUCAGAAUCCUGGUACUGAGGUUGCUGGGUGACUGCAUCGAGAGGGAAAUCUAUGUGCAGGAAUACCUGGAAACGGAUUACGGGGAAGCCUUCGUGAAAGUGGUGGAGGAACUCUUCUGCGAUUACCUCUGCCAGCUGGAACACGUUCUCCCAGAGCCCCAAAUCCAGCAGCUGUUGGAGGCUGCCAGCCUCCAGACCCCCCACCAGCUUCCCCAACCCAGUGCCACCAUCCUAAACCAGUACUUCGCCGCUGUGGGAUACCAGCCUGCAGGCUGUGCUGAGCCUCCCUCCACCCCUCCCCAUCCGUCAAGCGCCCCACGCCAGAGCGAGGAUGAGGACCCCCCCUCGUCGCCUUUGUCCCCACAGCCGGGCAGGAGCCGAAGAGAGGAUUCCCCUUCCUGCGUCUCAGAAGGGGAAUUGCACAGACCGUCCUCAAUCAACUCGGAAACGGCUGAUGAUCUGGUGCCAGAUUCAGAAAGCGAAAGAAGCACCUCCCCUUUCCAGGGCGAAUACCAGGCCACCCGUCACCGCACCCUCAUCCCCACUUUUCAGGAGCACCUCAGGGACAGCAGCAGCCCGUUGAAUAGUUCUCCGUUGUGAUUGAACGUCUCCGGCUGUCCCCUCCGACAGAGACUUCCGAAGCCCAGCAUUCGCCGGCGAUUUUAGAACUUUAUUCAGAAAACACGAUAAAAACUUGGACUUGGUUUCAUCCGGAGGAUGGAAGAGGAGUUGAUGGCGGAGCUCAUUUUGUCUACGGCCGAGGCGGCGCGUCGAACGGCUCACGCGUUUCGGGAGUUCGUCUCGGGAACGUGAAGGGCGGGACCCUGACCGGUCGAGGCGCCUUUGGGAACUGGAAUGUUUGAAAGCCUUGGAAAAAUAAAAGUGUUUGCAAAUGCC